AUGAGCACAUCAGUUCAUGUCAUCAAGACCGCGCACCUCCAGGCUAUUCGCCGGUUGCUCAAGGCAUUAUCAAAUGGGCUUGUUGCCUUCGACAUCACGGUCCAUGUCUCAGGCACUUAUCAUCCCGAAGGCGCGUGCUCAAAGAUCGUGCUCCCACGCAAGACGAAGAUCGGCUCCAUCAGCACCAUCCCGGUAGCACUUCCGGCAGAGUGA